UUCUUCUUUGCUGGCGAACAAAAUAAUGGCCAACGGUGGUGACACGCAUGACGGCAGACCUUCGGACAUUCCGUACAAUAGUGAGUGACUGGGACUUGCAUGGUUGAGUUGAGCGGCCAUCGGGUCCCGACCUGGUCUCUGCUUAUGGUACUCUAUCUGCGCCGAGUUCGCGCAGCUUCUCACACACACCCCUGUUCGGGAAGAGGCUGGAGGGGUCUCUGGAUCAAAAUGCAGGCAGGCGAUCCACGGACAUCGUGGAGACAGGGCAAUGCAUGUGUGGUCGUUGGCUGUGUUUCGGAGCCCAGUGUGGCUUACUGGGUGAGAAGAUCCCUGUACUCGUGCUGUCAGAGGUUGAAAGUCUUUUUUUCCCUUCCCUCACCAUGGAAUGCCAUGCGAUAAGGGUUAUAAAGAGGUUGUAUGCUGUGUCCCUGUAGGUUCUUUCUUCUGCAUCUCUCAUCUCUUCUGUCGCUCUCUACAUCCCCUUGAAGCACAA